CCCCGUUCCGCCGGCUCCCCGGGGACCCCUGUGCAUGGAGAGGCCGAGGCACCAGGGAAUGGCGAAGAACACGUACAUGCGCUGGCGGCUCCCGCUCGUCUGCCUCCUCUGGGAGGUGGCCAUGAUCGUCCUCUUCGGGGUCUUCGUGCGCUUCGGUCCSGAGGCUGACGCCCACUGGGAGGAAGAGAAGAAAGAGAUGAACGUGACCAGUGACAUAGAGAAUGAUUUCUACUUCCGAUACCCCUCUUUCCAGGAUGUCCAUGUGAUGAUCUUUGUGGGCUUCGGCUUCCUCAUGAUGUUCCUCAAGCGUUAUGGAUUUGGAGCUGUGGGUUUCAAUUUCCUCCUUGCCGCUUUCGGGAUCCAGUGGGCUCUCCUGAUGCAAGGAUGGUUCCACUCUUUCAAGACCGGAAAGAUCCUCAUUGGAGUGGAGAACCUGAUCAAUGCUGAUUUCUGUGUGGGCUCUGUGUGUGUUGCCUUUGGGGCCAUCCUGGGCAAAACUAGCCCCAUACAGCUCCUUGUAAUGACGUUGUUUCAAGUCACGCUCUUUGCGGUGAAUGAGUACAUCCUUCUCAACCUGCUUCACGUUAAAGAUGCAGGUGGCUCCAUGACCAUUCAUACCUUUGGAGCCUACUUUGGCCUGACUGUGACACGCAUCCUGUACAGACCYAACCUGGAGCAGAGUAAGGACAAGCAAGGCUCUGUGUACCACUCUGACCUCUUUGCUAUGAUUGGUACUCUGUAUUUGUGGAUGUACUGGCCCAGUUUUAAUUCUGCAAUUUCUGAGCACGGGGAUGCCCAGCACCGGGCCGCAAUAAACACAUACUGCUCCCUGGCUGCUUGUGUCCUCACCACAAUGGCCUUCUCCAGCAUGCUGCAGAAGAAAGGCAAGCUUGACAUGGUUCACAUCCAGAAUGCAACACUGGCCGGUGGCGUGGCUGUGGGCACCAGUGCGGAGAUGAUGCUGACUCCAUAUGGCUCCCUCAUUGUCGGGUUCAUCUGUGGCAUUGUGUCCACAGUGGGGUAUGUCUACCUCACGCCUGUUUUGGAGUCCAGGUUGCACAUCCAGGACACAUGUGGCAUCCACAACCUCCACGGCAUGCCAGGCCUUAUUGGAGGCAUUGUGGGAGCCAUCACUGCAGCUGCAGCCACGGAGGAUGUGUAUGGAAAGGAAGGGUUCAUCAAGGCCUUUGACUUCACUGGCAGCUACAAGACCCGGACACCCAGUGUCCAAGGAGGUUUCCAGGCAGCUGGGAUCGUUGUAUCUUUGGCUAUGGCUUUCGCUGGAGGGGCUCUUGUGGGAGGCAUCCUGAAGCUGCCUAUCUGGGGUGAUCCCGYGGACGAGACCUGCUUUGAGGAUGACAUCUACUGGGAGGUGCCCGAGGACGAGGAGAGCGACGUGUACCACAUGCACAGCCCCGGCGACAAGCCCGCCUCCCCCUGAGCCCUGCGUCCCCGCACGGCCUCCCUUCUG